UUUGUCCCAAUCUGCAACUUUGUUUGUGCUCCGUUAUCCUAGUGUUUAUGCUUCGUUUUGUGGUGCCGAUGUGUGCUCUUCCACAGCUGCACGGAACUCUGUAUACUCCUGCUGCUGAUAAAGGAUCCCGUUUGUCCUUGACCGAUCUCAAAGUCUGUUGGAUGGUUCGAGUUGCUUGCACCUUGCACGACUUAUGUGUGGUUCCUUCCUAUACGGAAGUUCCCACAUACAGCCGCCCAGGUGCUGGCUUGUUGGGUGUGCUGCCAUCCGACAGGUGUCGCUUUUGCGUCCCGGUCAUUUCUGACAAAUUAGUAACACGAAAAGAAUUUGGAGAAUUCCAUCACUUAUAUGAAGUUCUAAAAACGAAUAAAAAAACAUUUUUUGAUUACUAUCGCAUGAAUCAGGAUACGUUUAAAUAUAUUUUAGUUGCCAUGAAAAAACAAAUUUGCAAAAAUGUCGAAUUUCCGUGAUACGAUUUCACCCGAAGACCGAUUGAGUGUGACUCUAAGAGAUCUGAGAUAUUCCAAUAACGCAAUACGAGGCUUUACAAUUCGAGUCGGAACAGGUCUUCUGGAAACAGGCGGGCAAGAAGUAUCCGUUUUAAAACUUUAUGAUCAUCCUUUAUUUUUGAACAGUUUUCCUGUAGGAUUCGACUAUGACAUCAGCCUAUUGUAUUUGGAAAAAGACCUCACAUUAUCUACGACCGUUCAGCCUAUUAGAAUGCUGGAAAUUGAUGAGAACUAUCCCGCGGCCACUGUGGUCACUGUAAUAGGUUGGGGCUUACAACAUGAAUAUGGGUUGUUUUUAGCUGAAAUUUUGCAAGAAGUUGCUGUGCCACUUGUAAGCAAUGAAGAUUGUCUGACUUUGUAUAACACAGUUGGUUUCAGUAGUUGGGUUACUGAUAGAAUGAUAUGUGCCGGCCACGAAGAAGGUGAAAAGGAUGCGUGUGCGGGAGAUUCAGGCGGUCCUUUAAUUACCAAUAACUCGUUAAUAGGAGUGGUAUCAUGGGGUUAUGGUUGUGCUAGGGCAGGAUUUCCAGGAGUUUAUGCGAGUGUAAAUUAUUUCAGAGAAUGGAUAAGAAAUACCACUGGCAUUUAAUUAAUUAGAAUAUCGCCGCUAAUAAAAUUUGUUCAAACAUUUUUCAUUGACCAUUGAUUAUGAAAACAGUAUUAAUUAAAUUUAAAUUAAAUGUUAGUAUUGGCCUACUAUCCUCUGCUGACAGAUAAGCUCUUCCUGCGAACAAAGGUUAGAGCUUAAAAACAACUAAUCCGCCCGGUGCUGACCUACGGAUCUCCUGCAUGGUCCACGGCCAGCACCUGCCAGAAACACAAACUGGCAGUAAGCCAGAAUCGGAAACUGCGGAUAGCAGCCAAGGUCCCAUACUUUGUCAGAAAUUCCACCCUGCAAAGAGACCUCAAAACAGAUGACCUGCUGGACCAUAUCCGGAACUUAACAUCAAAGUUCCUGGAUAACGCCCGGCAAAGCAAGAAUCCCACAGUCCGGGUUACUUGCAAAAAGACACAGUUCAAGAAGAAGACGUGGACCACAUGCGAUGACCAGUUGCUGCACCACAUCGAGGACCAUGGGCUAACUCUAAGUUAGUUAUAGGAAGCAAGAGACGCUGUUAGGUUUAGGUUUAGGUUUAGAUUAGGUUAGUUAGGGUAAUUUAGAUUAAGUUAUAUAGGAUGACAUAUCUUAAGUUACAUGGAGUGUUAGACACUCCAACGAUGUUAGAUUUAAGAACCCGUAGAUAAGUAGCAGUAGGAAGCUUGUAAACUUAGCUGAUAAUAAAUAUGUUCAAAUAGUA